UGUUGACAUUUUCUGGAUAAUUCUCCUCGUAGCGCUUUCUCAAGUGACCACAUACCUGCCCACAGACAAGAACGUGUGAGACUUCUGUGAGAAAAGAUCUUUAGGGGUGAGAAGUGAAGGUACAACUGAAAACAUAUGACAUCUCAGAAUUACUAUGCACAAAGUAAGUCGUCCUAGAACCAAGAAGAAUCGUCUGCUCGUAUAGUGGUGUAGAUAACUGUAGAAAGUGGUAGUGGAAAUGUAAUAUGUCAAACUGCCAUUUUCUCAAGGCUUGUUUGUUGUGAGGAAGCAGUGUGUGGUUGAGGAUUCUGAAAGACGUUCAUAUAUAAACACUUCCUCAUCUCAUGCACAUAGGCUGCUGUCAACUGGACGAUAAACUACAGAAUACAGCUAAACACCUUACUUAACUAGAGUAGUGAUGCCUGUUUGAUUUGCUGAUUGUUGAGUAUUUCAGCUGAGAUAGUGUUUGAGUUGAACAUUAUAAAUUAGUUGUCUUAGUUUUUUUUAUGAACUGAAAUAAAUAAUCUGUCUGUGAUUUGUAAUCUGGAUGUACAGGGUGGAUAUUUGGUCUGUGUAUUUAACGUCCUGAUCCAGUCUACUUGGAGUCCACACCUUCUCCUCCCCCCCAACAUCUCCUAACCCGGCUGGUAUGCCUCGCUCCUUCCUGGUCAAGAGGGGAUGUUAUCCCCCUCACCGCCUCAUCAUAGGCAGCCCCUACCAGAGCCUUCCUCUGGUGACGAUGUCCCCCCCGGAGACCGAGAAGGUGCAGAGGGACACAGCCCUGGGGCUGUCCACGUCAAAGUUCAACAGACCGUACUCACCCCUCCCACAUCCCCCUGCACCUCUGCCUCCUCUUCUGGCCCAGCACCCUGACUCACUCAGCCCACCACAGCCUGUCAGAACCCCAUCCUGUGUUCAGGCUGAUGAAGCCACCCUUCGAUGUCCCCCUGCCCAGUUGAACCCAGCGCGUCCCGCCCAGAGGACGGAGUUCCCCUCCUCCCAAGCAGUUUGUCGUAAUCUCAGCUCAGGAAAUCCUGAGGAAACGUCUGAGCCGGCAGCUCUCGGGGGGCUGCUGGGGCCCCUCCUCCUCCGGGGCUGUCGCCAGAGGAGCUGUGGGGAGGACUGCCCGCUGUGUGGCAAGGUGUUUUCCUCUGUGUCUUGUCUGGAGUCUCACAUCCAGAAGCUGCACAGCAACAGAGCCCGUCUGUCAUCAGACAGCCCCAGGUCUACCAGGCAGCAGUACGCUCACAGAACCAAACCAAGGUUGCAACACAAGGAACGGACGUUUGGCUGCAAAGAGUGUGGCAAGACAUUCAAGCGCUCCUCCACCCUCUCCACCCACCUGCUCAUCCACACAGACACCAGGCCCUACCCCUGCCAGUACUGUGGCAAGCGCUUCCACCAGAAGUCCGACAUGAAGAAACACACCUUCAUACACACAGGUGAGAAGCCUCACGUGUGCCCUGUGUGUGGGAAAGCCUUCAGCCAGAGCUCCAACCUCAUCACCCACAGCAGGAAGCACAACGGCAGCCGGCCCUAUCACUGCCCUCGCUGCCUCUACAGCUGCCAGCGCAAGGCAGACCUGCUGCAGCACCAGGAGCACCACUGCAGAUAGAGACCCUGAAAACAGCUGGUCCCAGUUCAGCUCCUAACACUGGCAGGACACUGGAAACAAGACUCUCUGGGAUUUGAGACUGAUCCAAAUGCAGUAUAUACCUCCAGCAGGGGCUUAAUGCUAGAUUUCCCCCUCAGUUAUUAAAAGCUGAUUUGUGUUUUUCCACUUUGAGGGGGAACAUGUAAAUACACUUUACAUUUCUGAUCCCAGUUCAGUAUUUCCCCACUAGGGGGUGCAUUCUCCCAGACUGGCGUUUAGGCUUAAAAACAUCAGGACAUGAACACCUACAUAUGGAGAUCAAAUGAGUCUUGAAUAUAUUUUUUCAAUUUAUUGAUAUACAUUUAAAUACACGGAUUGUAAUCUGGGACUUGAUUUCUUUGAAAUAACCCACAAAUAGUUUCUAGACAGAACUAUUCAAAUAAUUUGGACAGAGUUACAGUCAGAAGCAACUUCUUGGCGGAAGG